AUGCCGGUCGUCAAAGGAGGUGUCUGGACCAAUAUUGAGGAUGAAGUCCUCCGAGCAGCGGUCUCGAAAUACGGUCUCAACCAGUGGGCACGCGUAUCCUCCCUCCUUGCACGAAAGACUCCGAAACAGUGUAAAGCGCGAUGGGUAGAGUGGCUAGACCCCGGUAUCCGCAAGGUCGAAUGGUCCCGCGAGGAGGACGAGAAGCUGCUGCACCUUGCGAAGUUGAUGCCGACGCAAUGGCGAACAAUCGCGCCGAUUGUGGGUCGCACGGCUACGCAGUGCUUGGAGCGGUAUCAGAAACUUUUGGAUGAAGCAGAGGCUCGUGAGAAUGAUGAGCUUGGCCUUGGUGGUCCUGCGGGCGCCGAAGCUGUGGCUCCAAGUGCGGAUGAUGUGAGGAGAUUACGACCCGGUGAACUCGAUCCCGAUCCAGAGUCCAAACCCGCGCGGCCGGAUACGAUUGAUCUUGACGAGGAUGAGAAGGAGAUGCUCAGUGAGGCUCGUGCCCGUCUGGCCAACACUCAAGGUAAAAAAGCGAAGCGCAAGGCUAGGGAGCGGCAAUUGGAAGAAUCGCGGCGGCUUGCGGUGCUCCAGAAACGUCGUGAGCUCAAGAACGCCGGCAUCAAUAUCAAGGUUGUUACCCGCAAACAGGGCGAAAUGGACUACAAUGCGGAUAUCCCAUUCGAGAAGCCUGCGGCACCUGGAUUCUACGAUACCGCCGAGGAAGAAUCCCGGAAUGAGAGGCAGCGAGAGAUGUUUGAUCCCCGGAAACAGCAGUUGGCGAACAAGCGCAAAGGAGAUCAGGACGAGGAUGCUGAGCGGAAGAAGAGGAAGAAUGAUAAGAACAGCAAUUCCGCUGCCUUUGCGGCUGCUGCUCGAGCGGGCCAAAUGCAAAAGAUUCGAGAGGCGGAACAGAGCAGCAAGAGGAGAGCACUGGCUCUCCCUAGCCCACAAGUUAGCGAGGGCGAGCUGGAAGAUAUAAUCAAGAUGGGUAUGGCCGGCGAUAAAGCUAGCAAGAUGGCUGGAGAUGAAGACGGUACACGAGGCCUGAUGGGCAACUACUCUGCCAUUGUGGGAGGAACGCCGAUUCGAACACCCAGGGCACCCCCGGAGGAGGAUCACAUUGCCAACGAAAUCAAGAAUAUCAGGGCACUGACAGAAACCCAGUCCUCGCUGCUAGGCGGGGAAAACACACCUUUGCACGAGGGAGGGUCAUCGACCGGUUUUGACGGUAUCGCUCCCCGACGCCAGGCGAUUGUAACGCCGAACCCCAUGGCAACGCCUUUCCGACAAGGUGGAGCCGUUGGUGCGACACCCCUGCCCGCAGGCGCUGGUCCUGGGGCUACUCCGCUGCGGACUCCCCGAGACCAUUUCGCGCUCAACCAGGAGAUAGCGGGUGGACAGCUCGUUGCAAGUACGCCAAAGGAACUACGGAUGCAGGAGAAUCUUGCUCGCCAGAGCAUCCGGAGUCGACUAGCGGCCCUUCCAAAGCCCAAGGAGACCGAGUGGGAGUUGGAAGAGCUACCUUCGGAUACCGCCGAGCCAACUGCAGUCACAGAGAUCUCAGAAGAAGAUUCAGCCGAGCGGGAUAGGAGGGAAAGGGAAGCGCGAGAACGGGCCGCCGAGGCUGAACACAAACGCCAGACACAGGUGUAUCAACGCUCUCUGCCCCGGCCAGUUGUGCUUGAUAUCGACUCAUUGAUAGAACGCGCUUCGCAUGUCACAGACCCAAUCGCCGGCUUGAUUGCUAAAGAGGCCGCUCUCUUGAUUGCCAACGAUGCAUGCAAGUUCCCUGUUCCUGGCGCCAAAAUUGAAGGCAAACCUCGGAAGCUGGAGAGGCUCGAUGACCAAUGGCUAGAGCAAGCUCGCGCGGCCAUUGCAGCAGAGGUCUCUCCCGAGAAAUUGCAGGAGUUCGCAGUUGAGUUCGACAACCGUUGGUCAUCAACCCGUGACAACACUCUUCCAGGACUGUCAAAUUACACUGAUGACGAAGAGGAGGAUAUAUAUCAACAAGAGCAGCGCAUGAUCGGCGUCUUUGACAACGUGCAGGCCUCGCUACUUGCGACCGCGGAGCAGGGAAACAAACUUGAGAAGAAGCUUGCGCUGCAUUUCGGUGGAUAUCAGAACCGGGCAAAGAUGCUUCGGACCAAGAUCACAGAAGCCCACACAGCCCUAGAAAAGUCUAGGGAUGACCUAGAUGCGUUCCGCACACUACAGAUAUCUGAGCAAGCUGCGGUUUCAAGAAGACUUGAGAAACUCCGAGAAGACGUCGCCUUUGUGAUGCGCAGAGAACGAGAAGCUCAGGAGCAAUACCGGUCGAGAAUGGAGGAGUUGGGCGAGCUGGUUGCUGGUACGGGAGGCAUGGUAAAUGGGUGGCAUUGA